UAGGAAAGUGUCUGCUGUGAGAGACUUUUCCCCCAACAGACCCGCGACGACAAUAUUUUGGUAGCGAUCCUCCGCGCCUCAACGAUACUACCGAAGCGAAUCCCCAGCAGGCCAUUUUACCGACCGACCCCAUCAUGGCGCAUCUUCUCCGACUGCCUCGCGAAUUGCGCGAUCUCAUUUACGAAUACUACUUCGACGGUGAAGGAGGCUUCAAAUAUGAUUUCGUCACCAACAAGCUUCGAUGGGCCGAUGGUCUAUCCAUCGACCUGUCUUUGGUGCUUGCUUGCCGGCAAAUCGCUGCCGAAACACACGGGCUUGCGCUGCGGACCAACACACUCCGAUUCAAGACAUUUCACUCAGAUCAUACACAGGAGCAUGCUAGUGUACUUCAUGUCGUCAAUCGAGAGAUAUACGAGAGACAGGAGUCACUACUAGACUCACUGGCUCCUGAGCUUCUCAGCCAAGAGCAGGCGCAGGUGGCGAAGUCGCUAUAUCCACAAUUCGCGCCUGUAAUAGAUUAUUGGCGAUUGCGUGGAAAAAUCCGUCUCAUCGGCGCGCUGUGUGAGGAAUGCUGUGUAACUCCAUCAAUAUGGCGCGAUUUUGUGGCAUUCACGUUGAACUUGAUCUCUCAACAGCCCGGAUUUCUCGGUGAAGCUGAGGCGCUAAAACUGGAGGCUCGCCAGAAGCGAUCUGGAUUCUUGUUUGGUCCGAGAGUUAUGGUCAUUCCAGACCCAGAUCCGCAUGAAGAUGCCAGAACUCUUGCGUUGAACGAAGCAAGGCCUGUGCCAUGGCAAAUUACAGAUAUCGAGGAGAUCGCGAAACUGCGUGAGCUCAUCAUAGACGACAACGUGGUCCCUCAUUCCAACACAAAGUACACUUACUCAGCAGCUUCUAUGGCUCUCCGGUUGUUGCACUCUAUGCCGAGGGUUACGCGUGACAAUAUCAGGAAAAUUAUACUGAUAGAAGACCGCGAAUCCAUCGCGUUUCCUCAAAGCCAUGGUAGGGGGUUCAUUGACGUCUGUCGAGAACACCCGCAACUCAAGGUUGAGCGCUUUGUCAGUCUUUGGAGAAAUGCAAUCCCCGUGUCCUAUAAGGACAUAAGCGCUUACCUCCAUGGUGAUCAGAAUUUCCUUGAUCACGGGCUUCUGGACCGUCACCGUUGUGACGCUGGUUUCAUCAGCCAGGGGGUAGGUACAUGGAUCAUGGAGGCUAGGGCACUCCCCUCGCUCGGGAUGCCGCAAGAUUCCUUCACCCUCGUACUUGAUGGUGAUCCCUUGCCUGACCAGACGUCGCGCAUCUUCAAAAUCAUCCAACGCGAUGCUGCUUGGCAGAGCGCCCUCGACAUUUGCUACGAUACUGGACUCCUACCACGACCUUCUUGGCCUGAUAAGCGAAUUUACACUGCAAGUUUCAUACAUGAAGAAUUUCCAGAAGCAAUCGGUGCUAUUUCAACGCACAGCUCUUUGGUCAGAACCAACUUCCCCGUUGGCGCACCUUACGAUGUUGAGCAACUGCUGCAAGAGCACGAAGGAUGGACGCCGGAAGACUGGGAAGAGGGAUGGCAAUUACACGAGCCGCACCAAUUCCAGACUGAGGCGCCGCUACCCCCGUGGCACCUACUUCGAUGGCAGCAUGUAAUCAGAUAAGACGUCAUCGAGUGCAGGGAGAUGGAGAUGGCCAAAGUCGAAUCAUUUCAUGGCCACGGCGGCGCUCGGUGAGGGGCCGGGGGGCGGGCGCUGGAUGGCGGCGGCAUAACGUCGGCCGUCCAGAUCACCGAGGCCUGGGCGGUCUUACUUUUUCGUUAGACUUGAUGACACUACGGCAUCUUUGGAAUGGCGAUGACCAGACGCACAGAUCUUGAAGAUCAGCGGCGUUGCGGCCUAGGAUGAGUCCGUGC